CGUCAGACGCGGAGAAACUUGCACCUCAGAACACUUCCUCACCUUUUCUGGGACUCUUCUUCUUCUUCGUCGUCGUCUUCGUAGUCGAGACUACCAGCCAACGACGACCGCCGUCGCUUCCCGGGACUUGGGAUCCGGAACCAUGGCCGAGAAGCGGCGCUCGCCGUGCGCGCUGAGCGUCAAGGCGCACGCCUUCUCCGUGGAGUCGCUCAUCGGGGCCGAGAAGAGGCGCAGGACGGCGGGGGAAGGGGCGACGUCGCCCGGCUACGACGUUCCGAAGGCGAACGCCAGUCCGGAGCUUCAGCCGGCGGCCAGAGCCUACGGGAGCGAAGCGGAAUACGCCAGCGACGGAUCCCAGAGCGAAGACGCGCUCCUGGAGAGUCCGCAGCCCGCAGCUGUUAGCAGCAGCGGGAGCGAAGACCCACGCGUGGACCUGCAGGGCUCGGACCUGUGGAAACGCUUCCACGAGAUCGGCACGGAGAUGAUCAUCACCAAAGCUGGAAGGCGGAUGUUCCCGGCCAUGCGCGUCAAAAUGUCCGGUUUGGACCCACAUCAGCAAUAUUACAUCGCGAUGGAUAUCAUCCCCGUGGACAACAAGCGAUACAGGUACGUGUACCACAGCUCCAAGUGGAUGGUGGCGGGCAACGCCGACUCGCCAGUGCCGCCCCGGGUCUACAUCCACCCGGACUCGCCCGCCUCCGGGGAGACGUGGAUGCGGCAGGUGGUCAGCUUCGACAAGCUCAAGCUCACCAAUAACGAGCUGGACGACCAGGGACAUAUAAUCCUGCACUCCAUGCACAAGUACCAACCACGGGUGCACGUGAUCCGGAAGGAGUGCGGCGAGGAGUUGUCCCCGGUGAAGGCCGUACCCGUUGGCGAGGGCACGAGAACCUUCUCCUUCCCCGAGACCGUGUUCACCACCGUCACGGCGUACCAGAACCAGCAGAUCACCAGGCUGAAAAUUGACAGAAACCCUUUUGCCAAAGGCUUCAGAGACUCUGGAAGGAAUCGGAUGGGCCUCGAAGCCCUGGUGGAGUCGUACGCCUUCUGGCGGCCAUCUUUGCGAACGCUUACCUUUGAGGACAUACCCGGUAUGGCCAAACAAGGAGUCCAGGGAGCCCACGGAGGUGUCGGCGCGCCGCCCCACUUGCUCUCAUCCUCGCCGUGCUCGUCACCCUUCCAGGUGUGCCCUCUCAGCCCGAGCGACUUCACCUGCAGCCGCCCGGCCCUUCCGCUCCACCGCUACGCCACCCCUCCGGAGCCGUUCCCCCCGCCCCGGGGCCCGCCGCCCUACGAGGGCGAUGCCUUCUGCACCCUCCCGCUCUCGACGUCGCAACUGAGCUACCUGUCCGGCCCCGCCCCGCAAGGCUACGCCGGGCUCCGCCUGCACACGUCUCCGUACGGCUUAUAUGGCUACACCUUCCCGCCGUCGCCCCGCCUGGCCGCCAGCCCGGACAAAACGAGCACCGGCGCCGCCGCCGCCAACCAACCGAGCACCCUGCUGGGCUCGUCCCCGAGUGGGACACUAACGGACAGCCUGGGGUUGCUCGCCACCGGACAACAGGGCUUCUUAUUCGACUCUCGAACUUUGGGGCUGGCAGGGAGCCCGUCGGGGAGCGGGGGCCCGCAAGUCGCCGCCCACCUGGUUUGACGGACAUCUGAAAAUGUCACGAAGGGAGGCUUUCAAACGUCUGCCAUCGAGUGAUGAUAAAACACCAACCGGUU